AUAAUCGCUUAUUAUCCCUUAUGGCUGUUUGCCUAUAUCCAAGUUUUCGGCAACUUAUGCAAAAACAAUCGCUUAUUCUCCCUUUUGAUUUUGAAGCUUAUCAUAAAUAAAAUCUCUUCCUUCAUAAACUAACACUCUCGUCAAAUUCGCGCUUUCAAAAUGUUUCCCAAGCGUUUUAAGGACACCAAAACAGGUUUUCAUAUGUUGAGUUCAAUUCAUGCAAAAAGAUACAUGAAUAAAAUCGGGGUAGAAAGCGAAGACUACUACUUCUAUAAACAAAUUGGGAAGGCCUUACUUUGCACCUACACCAUACUUGGUGCUUUAUGGAUUUACAACGAUGGUUCUUCGCCAAUGGAGUGGUGGAGGAAGAAGUCACCCCAGCUAAAGGAGAAGCUUGAGAAAGCAAAUUUGUACCCUAGUGAUGUAGAAUCAGUGAAGGAGUUCGUAGCAAAAGGAAAGAUGAUUGGAGCCAAACUAAAAGGGUUGGUUGAAAGUGAUAAGGAUGCAUGCGGAUGCGAGGAGAUGCAAAGAAAGAAGGUUGACGAGGAUGCUCAGAGGAUGUGGUUGAAGAUGAAGAAUGAGGUUGUUGCGGAGCUUCGAGAGAAGGGCAUCGAUGUGGAGUGACUGCAUAGUGAGUUUCAGUUUUACUCCUAUGGUUCAUGAAUUGAUUUGGUGGUUAUGGUUGUAUAGUUUAGGAAACCUAUGAUUGCUACAUGAGAAAUAAUGAACUGAUAAGAAUGUUGAUUAAUACUGAAUGAUUAUUAACCCCUCACUCUGCUUUUUUUCUGUUGGUGUGAAUGCUCAUGUGUUUGUGUAAGUAUUUUCAAUUGCUGGAUAUUAAGCUUUUUAUAGCUUUCUUAUUUUCAUUUUUACAUAAUUCUAGCAAUGAGAGUGGAACAAAAUUGUCAAUAACUGAU